GAAGAAUUAAUAAUAAAAUAUCUUUUUUAUGAAUCAAGCUGUUUAUUAUAAUAUUAUUGUAUUGUAUAUUUAAUUAUUGAAAGAACACCAUCAUCGUACGAGAAUAAAAUGCUCUAAGUUUUCGAGUGAGUUAAUUAGUAAAAAUAACUUAUAAUGAUUGAUAAUACCACUGAUUAACAAAUAAAUCACUAACGUUUCAACGGUCGAUGUUCAGUAAAAUAUGUCUUCCGAAAUGGGACCAAAACAAACUGGACGAUCUGUACGUAUUUUAUUAGUUGGUGACAGGGAUGUUGGUAAGACAUCUAUCAUAUUGUCCCUGGUCAAUGAAGAAUUUUUGGAUGAAGUGCCCGGAAGGGCUGAAACAAUAACGAUUCCUGCCGAAGUUACCCCUGAAUUGGUGCCUACAGAUAUUAUUGAUUACCAUGAAAACGAACAAGACAAUGAAGAAUUAUGUGAACAGAUACGCCACGCAGAUGUGAUUUGCCUGGUAUUUUCAGUGGUGGAUGAUUCUAGCCGACAAAACAUCAAAGAUAAAUGGAUGCCAUUACUGAGGGAAUGCCAACUAAAUAGUGAUAUAUUUCACCCUGUUAUAUUGGUUGGAAAUAAAAGUGAUCUCAUCAAUAGUAUUUCAAUGCAUCUUGUCGAAGAUGUUUUAUAUGAAUAUCCUGAAAUAGAAACCUAUGUUCAAUGUUCAGCAAAAAUGUUGAUGAACAUUAGUGAAAUGUUCUGUUAUGCCCAAACAGCAAUUCUGCAUCCCACAGCUCCAUUGUACUCGGUUGAGGAUAAAAUUCUUACUGAAAAAUGUAAAAGAGCUCUAUGUCGUAUAUUUAAAAUCUGCGACACAGAUAACGAUGGGCUACUUAAUGAUGAAGAAUUAAAUAAUUUCCAACGUCAUUGUUUCGAUUCUCAUUUGCCUUUACAACAGUUGAAUGGCAUCAAAACUAUUAUUAAUAUGAACUGUGAACGCGGAAUUUCUCCAUCAAACUGUGUUACUCUUGAAGGGUUUUUGUUCCUGCACAUGUUAUUUAUACUAAAAGGAAAAGCCCAAACAACAUGGACUGUAAUUAGAAAAUUUGGAUAUAAUGACAAUUUAAAUUUUUCAUACAGCUAUCUUCAUCCUAAUUUAAAAGUAGAUAAAUAUUGUACCAUCGAGCUAUCUCACAAAGGUGAACACUUUUUGUCACGCUUAUUUGAGACACACGAUAAAGAUAAAGAUGAUUGCUUGAGCCCAGUUGAGUUGAAAUCAUUAUUUUCCAUGUGUACAGAAGACCCACCACUUUUAAGAAAAUGCAUAUACAAUACAAAUCAUAAAGGAUGGAUAACAUCACAAGGAUGGCUGUCUUUUUGGUCUUACUGUACUCUUAUUGAAGCUGAUACUACAUUAGCAUAUUUAGCAAUGCUAGGGUAUAACAUGAAACCAGAAAAUCAACUUACAGGAAUUCAAGUAACUAGGAGUAAGAAAAUUGAUUUACAGAAGAAACAAUCUCAGAGAUCAGUAUAUAUUUGCCACGUUAUCGGGAGUAAGGGGAGUGGAAAGUCAACAAUAUGUAAACGACAUGUCAAAAAUGCGAAAAUUGAUAAUCACUUGGAAGAUGUUGAAGAGCCAAGUAUUACAUCAGUUAAUCGUGUUCAAGUAUACGGACAAGACAAAUAUUUGGUUCUAAAAGAGAUAAAGCCAAUUAGUGAAAAUAAUUUGACUAAACAAGAUAUUAAGUGUGAUGUAGUAUGUUUAGUAUUUGAUUCUUCACAGAGUUGUUCAUUUGAAUAUAGUGCACAUGUAUAUUUAAAAUAUUAUCAGAGCAGAAACAUCCCAGUUUUGAUUGUAGCCAAUGAUAAAGGUAGACCUUUAAUGAAACAAGACUACAUAUUACAACCAGAUCAAUUUUGCAAACAGAAUAGAUUAUCAGCUCCGUACAUGUUCAUAAAUUCAAAUGAAGGAAAAAAAUUAUACUCAAAUUUAGCCACAAUGGCUUCCCUUCCACAUAAAUACAGUCCAAAUCAGUCUUGUCUUAUACCAAGUUUACGAGAAUCGAUUUUAUUCAUUUGUAAAACGGGCAUUGGUGUUGCCAUGAUAGCUUUGUGUGGCGUUUUGGUUGGUAAAUGUCUCGUGAAAUCGAAAAAAGAUCUGCUGAGUUAAAACCUUUAAAAUAGUACAAUAAUGUUGUUGUUUUUAGAUUUAUUUUAUUCCAAACAUUUAAUAUUUUAAAUUUUCUUCUAUUUUUUUUUUUAAUUAUCGAAUUAUUAUUACAUAAUUUAGUGUUAUAUUUAUAUUAAUUGUAUUUAUCAUUAAAGUAAAAUACCAAUUAAUAUUUAUAUAUAAAUUUGGGUAACAUUAGAUACCAAUGUUUUGACAACAUAAAUAUGUUAAAGAUUACAUUUCCAUGUGUAGUUAUGUUAAUCUAUUAUUAUGAUUACCUUUUACAAGCUUAAAUGUUUUAUUAAUUAGAUUUUGAUUGUUUUUAAAUAGAAUGAUUAUAAUACCUA